AUGAAGGAUGUGGCACUGACUGGGUCUGCUUUGUCUGUCGGGCGCAGGACGAUCUGGCUCUGGACGGUGUGGCAUGUAAAGAAAAAAGAAUGGCCGAGUUUGUCUGAUGCCGUCAACGCGGUGGGAUCUGAGAGUCGCACCGUAAAUGAACUGAAGAAGAAAUGGUCAGACAUAAAGGUGGAAGUUAAGCGGAGAACUGCUGCGCACCGACAAAGUGUGGGCAGAACAGGCGGUGGUACAGGGACGGAUGAACUUGCACCCUUUGAUCAGAGAGUUGCCUCUAUUGUAGGAGACACGUUAAUCUCUGGAAUCGUAUCCGCUGAUGUAGGAGACUCGGAUAUACUACAGGACUGCCAGCAAGGAACCGCAGGAACGUCCACUGGCACGCACUCCGAGUCCGCACCACCUGAGCAGCCAGAGCCCAUUCAGUCCAGCGUCUCCCGUGUCUCUAAUGUUCCCCCCAGUGCUGAAGCCCGUCCAUCUGGCCGUGUCUUGACGCAUGCUGUUCUGGAGUCACAACAGCUAAUUGUUAGGGCCAUUGAAGAAAUGAACAGUCACCUUAAAAAUGUCACUGACGCACUCACAGAAAUAAGCCAUACAUUAAAAGAAUUGGUCAAAAAAUGAACUUUGUGUCUGAGUACCAUUUAUA